AUGUGGCAAGAACAUACUGAAUUUUUCAUAGAACAUAUUCAGAAGGAUUAUCCUUUAUUCUUAGAUUUGACUAUACCCGUCUUGUUUGGGCUUUAUUUACUUAAGACUGGUCUUCGAAUUGGUUUGUAUAAGAAGAUAAUUUUGUACUUGCGAAAUGAAAAGACUGAACUGUUACUUAAAUGUAUUAUUACAUUCCCAGUGAAUUCUAAUAUGAUACAAGAACAAGCCAAAUGCAUUGGAGACUUUAUCCAACACAUUGAAGAGAAUAAGAAUGUCCAGAACAGUGAAUUAAUUAAAAUAUGCAACAAGGCUGGUGCGAUGAAAGAAGAACAAGUGACUUAUAAAUAUACAACUAAAACGAAUCAACUUGCUGUGGAUGAAGAUGAAUAUAAAGAAGAGUAUAGAGCAGAGUUUUCGGACUUCUUUGUUGAUGUUCAAGACUUAUUAAAAACACAGAGUCUUUCAAUGUAA